CCCCCGGACACUCUUCUCCUCCUCCACGCCUCUCAGUCUUCCACUCCGUCUCGUCUUUGUUGAAUUUACUGUUCCUACCCAGUUCGCUGCACUUAUUCCGUCAAAAUGUCUAUCCUCCGUAACGUCAAGACCCUUGCCCCUCUCUUCGACCGUGUCCUGGUCCAGCGCGUCAAGCCCGAGACCAAGACCGCCUCGGGUAUCUUCCUCCCCGAGAGCAGCGUCAAGGAGCAGAACGUUGCCAAGGUCCUUGCUGUUGGCCCCGGUGCCUUUGACAUCAACGGCAAGAAGAUCCCCGUCAGCGUUGCUCCUGGUGACCACGUCUUGACUCCUCAGUUCGGUGGUAGCCCCCUCAAGGUUGGCGAUGAGGACUACACCCUCUACCGGGACUCUGAGAUUCUUGCCAAGAUCAACGGCGAGUAAAUUCUUUACGAAAUGCAAUGACGUUCUGUCGCUUUCGGUUUGUUGCCUUUCCUAGCUCGACCCGGGCUGAAAUAUCGCCCGAGUGAGACGAGAAAAGGCGUGUAUUAUACGAUACAGUUAUGAGUUUCGAACGGUGCACCUCAUGAAAAACAACCAAAAAAAAAAAAAAAAAAAUUCUAUACACCCCGGCGGAUGGUUCGGAAUUGGUCCAUGAGUACGGAGUAUUCGUGGACCUAU